AACGAUUGGAGUCCUACGUAAGGAGCAUUUCGGGAGAUGAAAAAGUAUUACUUUACAGCAGAUUAUUAGGCAAACAUAAUCUUGAUUUCGGUUUAAUUCGUUUAAACAAUUGCUCAGUUCCAUUUUCCUCACUUUUAUUUAAUGUAAUUGUUCGAGAACAAUUAGUUAAUUGGUUUAAAAAAAAACAAGCAAGUACAGUAGGCCUUCAGUGUUUAUCAAGAUUACACGUUUAGUGAUACAUUCUUAGAUAAAAUGACAUUUUAUUGUGAAAAACGUGAGAAGUGUCACCUGUCCCGUCCUGCUGGACUGAGCGAGCGUCUUGUGUUUGGAGAGAGGACACGCUGAUAAGAUCCACGCACGAGACUCUCCACCGUGAAUUCAACUGAAUGGUGACCGAUAACAGAAGAUGGUCAGUACAGGAAUGUGUUGUGCCAGCCUGGAGGAGCCCCAGACCCUGAUGAAGAUGGGUCUGAGCAUGAUCCUCAUCGGUCACGUUAACUUCCUGUUGGGAGCGCUGGUGCACGGCGUGGUGCUCCGACACAUCGCCCUCCACAAGCAGGCCCGGACCUUGGAGUACGCCAUCUCCAAUGUGGUCGCUCUCACCUCUGGCCUCGUCGGAAUUGUUGUUGGCAUUCUGGCUAUUGUCCUGUCUAAAAACAAGAAGAGUAGAGGCCUGACGUGGUCACUCUUCGCAGUCGGCCUGGCUGCAGCUCUCAUGGCGGCGGCCUCGGCCGUCGGACUCUCCGUGUCUGUGGUGAUGGCCGUCCUUCACGGCGGGCGGAGCCUCCUGAGUCACUGCCGCUUCCCCGACGCCAUUGGCUACUCCAGCAUCACCAACGAGUGUCCCUUUGACCCCACACGCAUCUAUAGCACCACUCUGAUUCUCUGGGUGCCUCUCAUCGUGACUUGUGUCAUCCAGAUGGUGUUUUCCGGCCGGUGCUUUGCUCUCUGCGUUUCAUUCCUGGGUCUGCCUUGCUGCCCUAACAGGAAGAGAACCGGGGACUUUGGCAGAGCGCUAAAUGUGGUGAGUCCGACGGAGAAAGCUGCUCCCUCUCGCUACACGGAGCCUCCAAGAAGCUACACUGAACCUCCAAGAAGCUACACUGACCCUCCAAGAAGCUACACUGACCCUCCAAGAAGCUACACUGACCCUCCAAGAAGCUACACUGACCCUCCAAGAAGCUACAAAGAACCUCCAAGAAGCUACACUGAGCCUCCAAGAAGCUACACUGAGCCUCCAAGAAGCUACACUGAGCCUCCAAGAAGCUACAAAGAACCUUCAAGAAGCUACAAAGAACCUUCAAGAAGCUACACGGAGCCUCCAAGAAGCUACAAAGAACCUUCAAGAAGCUACACAGAACCUCCAAGAAGCUACCGCAAACCUCCAAGACGGAAUACCGAACCUCCAAGACAGCAGCACAGACCUUCUCCCCCUCCCCAGAAGCUUCCCCAUCAGCAUCAGAGUCUUCCUCCCUCGGAGAGACGGCCUCUCCAGCCGUACAGAGAAAGGUCAGACAGGAAAAGGCAAGAAACGAGGGUUGGCAGCCAGCAAAGGGCACCGGAGCAGCACCAACUGCUGGAGAGGGGCACGCAGGAAAGGUCCAGCUUCUGGAUUUAGACACGUGUGACAUACCUGAGCUCCUUGAAGACCACAUGCUGUGAGGGUAUCUGCUAUAUGAACAUUCUGAGGCUCAGACUGUUGGCACAGUGUGCAGGAUCCCGGUUAUGUGAACGUCCUUUAUGAAUGUUUAUUUAAUCUGUACAAAACGUUAAGGUUACAGAAACGUCAAGUUUUGGAUUUACCAGUGAUUUGUGUGUUGGACUAUUUCUUGGAUGUGAGCAGUGAGAGUUUUUAAUUUAUGUACGGAGUUACUUUGCUUUGCAUGAAACUGGGAUUGGGGAGAAAAACCGCUGGUUCUGUCCAGUUCAAAACUUUCCCAUUUAACUAAUUUGUACACAAGCAGAAAGGUUACAGCUCAUAAGGCCAGGCUAGCUGUUCCCCCCCUGCGUUGUCUUUAUGCUAUGCUAAGCUAAGCUAAUCAUGUCCCAUUUAGUGCACAUGAGUGGUAUCGAUCUUCUCGUCUAACUCUCGGUAGGAAAGCAAUAAAGUUCCUUUUAAUGUUUGAGUUUACACAUGGAGGCAUGUACAGUAGAAAAGGGACAUGCAGUGUCCAGAGUGUAUGCCUCCAAGCUUUUAUCUGUUUUUAUCAAGGAUGGAGAUGUGUGUGUGCAAGUCAAGAUAUGCCAGUACUGCAAGUUUCUGUAUUUAUUUUGACCGGUAAAUAAAGUUUUUAUUCCAAAUCCUG